GUUUACCGUUACAUUGAGCUACCUAGAAAACGAUUUCGGGUUUUUGGCCUACUUCUAAAUUACACCGCGGCCGCCACGCUAUUUUUCUUAAAAAWAUAUAUAUUUCACUGUUGCUGACUAUCAGGCAGUUUGUUAGUGAGUGAAUACGUAAGGGCAGGAGGAGUGUGUGUUGAGACUGAGCACUGCUGCAGGCAGCUGUCACCUGACUCAGAGGAGACAGAGCCGUAUGCGCGCACAUCGAGACAACUUUUUACCAGUUGAAGGCGAGGCGGGUGUGUGGCAGCUAACAUCUGGCGAAAAGCUCGUUGAAAAGCUCUCCAACUCGGGCUGCAGAGACAUCUUUUAGCUACCAACCCUGUGGUCUGCCUCUAGCCUGUCUAUGAACUGAAGUUCCUCAUUUCUAAAAGAACAGACCGUCCCCAUCAUGUCUGCGGCGGCUCCCAACAGUAAGACCCAGUCCAGUCUCAGAGAAGACUUGACCUGUGCCAUCUGCUGUGACCUCUUUACGGAGCCGGUGAUGCUGGCGUGUAUGCACCACUUCUGUAAGCGCUGUAUCAGUACCUACUGGAGGGGUACCCAGACACCGGUUUCCUGUCCCCAGUGUAGGAAGGAGUUCACCACCAAACACUUCCAGACCAACUAUCUGGUGACGGCCAUGGUGGAGAAGGUUAGGGCCUCCACCUCGGACUGUUAUGUCCAGAAUAUACAGAAACAACAGAAGGAUUCGUUGGAGGCCCACAGACAGAGACGAGAGGAUUUCAUCACUGUUCUAAACCGAGACAAGGACAAGAUGGAGAGCAUCAAGAGAAUUGGCUAUGAGCUGCAGCUGCGUAUCCAGGGGGAGUUCCAGGCGAUGCAGGCCUUCCUUGCGGAGGAGGAGGCGUGUGUGUUGGAACGGCUGCGGAGGGAGCAGGAGGCGGCUCUGGAACAGCUGCAGCGCCACAUGGCGGCCGUCAGAGAGGCUGUCAGUCAGCUGGAUCACAGUAUGAGACUCCUGCAUGAGGCUGCUACCACCACGUACCAGACUGGACUAGUAGAGUUUCCACAGCUACGGCCUCCAAUAGACGUGGAACCAGGACCAGAGCUAGACUUGAAUGGCUUCAGCAGUAGAUACAUGGCACCGCUACAAUACAUUACGUGGAGGAAGAUGUUCAAGUCUCUCAAACCUG